AUGGAGCCAGACCCCGACUCUUCACCGGCCUUGUGGUUCCAACCACCAGUCACCACUACUCGCCGCCGCAGUACACCACUGAUCGACCCGGUUUUUCUCAUAAUCCUCAUUCCAGUCCUUGCACUGCUAUUUUUCUUCAUAUGCAUCCCUCCAUUUUUAUCUCAUGCUUCACAUAUUCUCAACCCAAAGUCCACCUGGGAUUCCCUUAACAUGUUCCUUGUUCUUUUCGCAAUCCUUUGCGGUCUCAUGUCUCGUAAAGACGAAGACGACGUUACAUUAACAUCUUCCAGUGCUAGUUUUGUAGCAGAGGGUAGUGAUCAUAGUAGUGUCGGUUCCGAUAGGAAAGUGAUGCCGUAUGGGUAUUUUGAUGUGGAAACUUUAAGGGAAAGUGAGAAUUCGAAUCAGAAUGAAGAAGAUGAUGAGGUAGUUAAUUCCGAUGUGAAGGAGAUUCCUGUGGAUACUUUCGUGGUUACUUCAAAUGCCGCAGAACAACCUCAUUCUUUCCGAAGCGUUGGAAAGGAUGUGAAGUUUAAUGUUCCAACAAAAAUUGAAUCUGAUGAUUCAAAUAAAGUCAUGAUAUCUUCUUAUCCUCCACCGCCACCUCCACCACCACCGAUGAAGCUUAGAUCGCAUCAUAAACAUAAGACAUUGGAGCGGAAAGUAAGUGAUGCUACGAAAGAGAUAGCUACAGCCAUAUCUUCACUCUAUAAUCACAGGAAAAAGAAGAGCAAACGGCCGCCACCACCACCACCCUCCGUGUUACGAAAUCCGUUCAAGAGAAUUUACUCCGUUCCUGCAACUGUUCCACCGCCCAGCUCGAUUUUCAACAACAUAUUCAAAUCCGGCAACAAAAGCAAGCGAUUUCUUUUACCGUCCCCUGCUCCUCCCUCUUCAAGCAUGAUAAAAACUGGAACAAAGAGUAAGCGUUUCAAUGCUUCCUCACCACCUCCACUACCCCCACCAAGAUACACUAUGAGCACAGGAAAACCACCUCUACCAACCAGAACUAGCAGUUACAACGAAAGUGGUUCACAGUCUCCAAUGCCGCCUCCGCCGCCUCCGUUUAAGGUGUCGGAUAUGAAGUUUGAGGUUCGUGGUGAUUUUGUUAAGAUACGGAGCGCUCACAGUUCUGCGUGUAGUUCACCAGACCAUGAUAUUGAUGACCUUGUUGGUGGUGAUCUAAUUGGGCCGGGUUCUCGGCUGAUUUGUUUUCCUAGCCCGGAUGUGGAUGCUAAGGCUGAUAGAUUUAUAUCCAGGCUUAAAGAUGAAUGGAAAAAGGAAAAGAUCAAUUAUGUGAACGAGAAAUUGGGCUGA